AUGAUUUUACCUCAUAAUAAUUUGUAUUUACCUAAAUAACAUUUAGAAAGUCUUCCUUAAACACAUUAAGAAUGGAAAUAUUAUAAUGGUUAAAAAUAUGAAACUCCAAAAACAUUUUUAGGUCGUUUCUAUGAUAAGUUCUCAAUAUAGUAAAAAUUGGAAAAUUUAAGAUAAUUUUACCCUUAUUAAAAAGUUAUUAAAGCCACAGUAGCGGAAUAUCAAUAUGAUUAAAAUGCUUACUUGUAAAACUCAUUAAUCUUCACAGGAGUUACAUGGUUUGCUAUUUAUUCCUUUGCAAGAUAAGGAAAGGUUUUACCUGUUUUAAGAUAAUAUGGUAUGUUUUUUAAAACACAUAGAAUUUUUAGAUAAUAUUUAUGGACUCUUGUACUUCCUAUUCUUUAUUAAAAAAAUUAGUUAGCAAAUAAAUAUUAUACUCAUGUUGAAACACUUUAAAAUAUUCAUGUCAACAGACUUAAUUAACAUCUUUUAGAAGAUCCUAUAUAUACUUUUUAUCCUGCAGAAUUAUAAGCUCCGAAAAACAAUUUAAGGUUAGAUCCUAUGUAUAAGGAAGAUAUAAGUAGAUUUUAGUGA